AACACAGCAAAAGAGUUUUAAAUGUCCGCCAUGUUGUCCAUGGCGCACUGAACCAGCGCCGGGGAGCGGAGCGUCGGAGAGAAACAGUCCGAGAGAGAGCGACCAAGACCCGGGCUCUUCACCCGGCCUCGCGGGCGACGCCCUAAACACCAGCGAACGUUAGAACAGAGACCAACCGCACAGAAACAUCCAUGAACGCGCCACUCGACACCGUUGUGAAUAUCAGGGCAUCGGAUAGAUUUAUAUUUCAUCUCGAGUUGUGAAAAUAUGAGUAAAUUGUCGUUUCGGGCGCGGGCGCUGGACGCCUCCAAGCCGCUACCCGUCUUCCGCUGCGAGGAUUUACCCGACCUGCACGAAUAUGCAUCAAUUAACCGCGCUGUGCCGCAGAUGCCGACGGGGAUGGAGAAAGAAGAGGAAUCGGAACACCAUCUCCAACGUGCCAUCUCUGCGCAGCAGGUCUAUGGUGAGAAGCGGGACAACAUGGUCAUCCCGGUCCCCGAAGCAGAGAGCAACAUCACCUACUAUGACUCCCUCUACCCUGGGGACUACAAGAUGCCAAAGCAGCUAAUUCACAUACAGCCUUUCAGCUUGGACACAGAACAACCAGACUAUGACCUGGACUCAGACGAUGAGGCCUUCGUCAACAAGCUGAAAAAGAGGUUGGAGAUCAGCUACCUGCAGUUUGAGGAGAUGAUUGACCGGCUGGAGAAAGGCAGUGGACAACAGCUUGUGAGUCUUCCUGAGGCGAAACUGCUGCUGAAAGAGGAUGACGAGCUCAUCAAGGAGGUCUUUGACUACUGGAGCCGUAAGAGGAAAAACAGCAAAGCCAACUCUCUCAUCCCCACCGUCAAGCAGGAGAAACGAGAUGGCUCCAGUACCAAUGACCCCUACGUGGCCUUCCGACGGCGCACCGAGAAGAUGCAAACACGGAAGAACCGUAAGAACGACGAGGCGUCCUAUGAGAAGAUGCUGAAGCUUCGCAGGGAUCUGAGCCGAGCCGUCACCAUCCUCGAAAUGAUCAAGAGGAGAGAGAAAAGCAAACGAGAGCUGCUGCACCUCACACUGGAGAUCUUUGAGAAGAGAAAUGCCAUGUCAGACUAUGGUGGUGAAGUGAUGGCAGAAGUUCUGGCUGAACGGGCGCUGGUGAGGCCACAGAUCAUUCCUCUUGUUCCUCUCACCAACCAAUACCGGCACCAGGACCACAUGGACCUCAAAGACUACAAGUCCAAGCCCGAAAAGACUGAAAUUCCUCGGCAGAAGAGGAAGUAUGAGAAGAAACAGAAGGUGCUACCUUUGUCGUCGGGUGCACCCCAUCAUCCAGGUCCAGUCGCCUUCAACGCCAAGGACCUGAACCAGUACGACUUCCCCAGCUCAGAUGACGAGCCCUACUCCCAGCUGCACUCAGGCUCUUCGGAAGCAGAGGAGGAGAACGACCCAGACGGUGCCUACGCUUUCCGGAGGAAGGCAGGCUGCCAGUACUACGCUGCUCGUCAAGAAAAGGUGGGUAGUUGGCCUUGGUGUGGUCCCUGGGAGGGCGGCUUGGCCGAAGCUCGCUUUCGCUACAGUCUGACCACGCUCACUGUGCCACGCCGAUGCCUGGGUAUGGCUCGAAGACGUGUGGGACGAGGCGGCAGGGUGUUACUGGACAGAGCGUGCACGGACUACGACAACGUCUUCCACGGACUGGACCCAGAAAUGCUCGACCUGCCACCUCCCGCUUCUCCUCCUCCUUCAGCUACUUCACGCUCGCCGGCCACUGACAAGUUUGCCAGUACCUCAGAAACAAAUACCUCGGACAGAAGUUCCUCUUCCUUCCACUCCUCCGUUUCCCCUUCCUCCCCCUCCUCCACGGACCUCAGUCAGAUACUGUUGAAUAUAAAGUCAUGCCGAUGGAGGCACUUUAGACCACGGACACUACCACUACACGAGCUGGACAAUGCCCACCCUCUGUUCAGGAGGUUGAGCCGAGGCCUGAAGCGCCCGCUCGCUUCGGCCGGGGGGCAGCCGUUUGGAUCUCAGCGCCCGGCCAGGGUUAUCCCUGCACCCACGCCCACUGCUGCUUUCACAACUGAACAGUACCAGCAGCAUCAGGAGCAGCUGGCCCUGAUGCACAAACAGCAGCUGGAGCAAAUCCAGCUGCAACAGCAAGCCAACAGCACUGCCAACAGCACACAGAGCCUCGCAAACACGUUGGACCAGGCCAGUGCUCAGUUCGCCGCCUCGGCCGUCAUCUCCACCGACCAACUUCUGGUCCUAAAAACCAAGGAUGAGCUGGCCCAGGGAGGCGGAAUCAAUGGCGUCCUCCCCCCCUCAGGUGUAUAUAAGGGCUUGCACCUCUCGAGCACAACAUCCCCAUUCCCAGCUGCCCCGGCUCCUCCAACCACUACCCCGGCGUCUGCCCUGCUCCACCCGUGCACCACCAGCUCUGCUACCAGUAACAACAACGGCACCGCCCACCCUGCCAACACCACUACCACUAACAGCGCCACCACUCAGGUCCUGCUGGGAAACAACAGCCUUCGUCUGGGCGUUCCCGCCGCGAAGCGCAUCCACGCGCCCCGGACGCUGGGCACCACUAUGUCAACAUCCGCCUUAAAGCUCGCCCACGCAGCAACCGCCAACUGUCAGAAACCCAAGGUCGCCACGGCCUCAGCGUCUCCGCUGGACAUGGUGCCCAGGGAGAAUCACGAACAAGAGAAGCAAGCACUGAACAGUCUAUCAGAGAACACAGUGGCCAUGGAGGUCACGUAGCCUCUGGUCACAGCUCGAGGGAAACGUGACUUUUCUUUUCAUUUAAAGUUUUCUUUUUUCUUUUUCUUUUUUUAAUUUUUCUUUGGUGCUAUGCAUCAUUCGUAAGUCGUGAAUGCAGGUGGUGGAUGAAUGAGCAUGGCAAGUCUAGGUUUCCAUGGCAACUGUUUUGGGACUUAAUUGCAAUGCUCGUCUCGUACUUCUUUCUCCCCACCCCCCCUCUCUGCCCCCCCACCCCCCGCCCUAUUUGUUACUGUUAAUAAGAGAUUGUCUGUAAAUUCUUAAUAUGGCAAUUAUAUGUACAGUACUGCAUAUUUGUAAUAUCCCACCCCCCACCCCCCCCAAAACCCCCUAUUCUUGUAUAUAACAUUACUUGAAUACAGAAUUGUUCAUUUGUGAUGUUUUGCACUCGAUAUGAAAAAAAUUAAAAAGAAAAACAACAAACUGCAACUGGUGCGAGUAUGAGGAGUGAAAGUUGUACCACAGAGAAACGUGUCAUCAGGUGCAUGGUGCAGAGGUGCAGAACCUGCUGAUGGAUCUAUUUAUUGUGCCGUGUUUACAGGUCCCUUUCCCCCUCCUCUACGUCCAUGUCUUUUAUAUCCCACGCCUUUCUUUUUUGUUUAUUAUAAAAGCCUCUCGCCAGUUCCUCAUGCUGUAGUUGGUUAUUUUGAUUGGCUUUUUUUUUUUUUUUUUGUAUUUUUGUUUUUGGGAUAUCAGACAUGGGCUUUCACCCGUUUUUUAUUUGUUGGGUGUCCUUUCCCCAUGUGUCAUCAUGUUAAAUCCUCAGACGGACAGAGAUUCAGGCGCAGGACACUAGAAGAUCACAGCUGGGGCUCAGACUGUAGGCAUCAGUUCAGUGGCUUGAACGGUCUCCACAAAGCUCUUCCAUUCAUAUUAUUCCAAGUAACAAAACAAUGGGGAUGAAGACUUUUCCAGAAGACUUUGCUGCUUCUGUAGUAUUUAAGCACUAUAUCUUUUAUUUUUUUCCUUCCCAGUUGAUUGCUGCUUUUUUUUUUUUUUUUUUUUUUUUUAUUAAAUAAAUUUCCAGCUUCUGGUUUGCACCAGAAAGCCUCAUUUGCUAUUUUUUUUAAUUUAUCCAAAAAGUAAUCCCCAAUUUUUUUUAAUAAAUAUUUUUGUAUUUCCUUUUUUUAUGUCCUCCAUUAAUGACUUUGUUCUUUUGUUACUUGUUGAUCUAAAACAUUUUAAAAAAGGAAAAACUAAGGGAGUUUUAAAAAGGAAAAAAAAAUGCAGUAACUGACAUUUAUCAUUCCAGCAUCUAUAUAAUGAAGAAAAUGUGUAUGAAUUGAAUUAAAAAAGAAAAAAAAAACGGACAAAAAAAAAAGUUUUCUCUUUUUAAAAACUCCUGAAGGCUGAAAGGCCAUGAACCACAUGUUAUCGGGUGCCUUCAUUUGGGAAAAAAAUAAAAACCUAAGAAAAAAAAAAUGGCUCUCUUCUGUGAAGAGUUUGGUACUGAACAAGGCUACUUGUAGUUUCUCUCUGUCUGUACCACAGUCCCUAUGCCCGUUUCAAUGGCCCACUUUCAUUCAUGACUAAUUUUGUUUUCUUUUUUUUGUAGUCCCACCACACACAUGAAAAAAGAAAUCCUGAAAUGUCACAAAAUGAAAUAAAAAUCCAGGGCAUUAUGUG